AUCGCGCACUAUAAUUCAGUUUUCAAAUGGUCUUGCAAUAAUAACUGCGUAGACUGUUGUUUACUUGUUUCUGUAACCGAUACUAUCAAUUUGAUUGCUUAAAAUGACUAUGCUAACGAAACCGAGCGCUAUUAUACGAAAACCAGAAGUAAUUAGUGCUCCAUUGGUAGAAAAAACUGUUUGCGAUGAGGAGAAAAUUGAUAUCCAUCCUACUCCGGAGGCACGCUCCUCCAGAGCUAUGCUGUGUCUGUCGCUGACUGCCAUGCUGUUAUUGAUGUUGGGCUUCACUAGCGGCCUGACGGUCUACCGCGAGUACAUGAGCGCUUCCACCCGACGCUACCAGGGAUUCUGCUCUAUACCACUCCCAAAUGAUAUACGAGAGCUCCAGAACUCUCAGAUGAUCGAGCCCAACUUCCGCGUGCUGCCGCUGAGCUGGUCUCCCGAGGACGUGCAGGUCGUCAGCACCUCGGACGACGAUCAGUUCGUGAACGCGCUGCGCGAGGAACUCGACAUAGGGGACAACGUGGAGAAGAUCUCCGUCAUCAACAACGGACACCGCGUCAGCUUCAUACACGACUUUAAUGAUAACACCACCGGUAUAAUCGACUCGGACCGCUGCUUCAUCAUGGACCUGGAGCCGGAGCUGGUCCUGUCUCCGUCGUUAUUCAUAGCGGGUCUGCAGCGAGGCUCGCAGUUCGACGUGUCCCGCGUCCGCUCCUCGCUGCGGGCCGCUCUCCCCGCCAUCACCUUCACCAGGCUCUCCGACGACUGCGCCCCGCGACCCACCUACAGACUCACCGCCGACCAGACUGGCGCCAUCCGCAAACGCUCCGCCGAGGAUCCCCCUCACGACUACAUGCAGUUCUCUGGCAAGCACGUGCAGGAGAUCAAGAUAGACAACCUGCAGGAGGUGCUGCAGUACGAGAACAAAGACAAGAAGGCUUAGACACCGAGUCGCCGGCUGUACGGGCGGCCAUCUUGGAGAGCGUCCGUCACCCCCACCCCACCCCCGGAACCCUCCCCCACCCCACCGCUUAGUCGGAGCCCGGCGAGGCUCUGUUAGUGAAAUGUUAUUAUCGUUAUUGUCUAGUGACACAUGUAAAGGAGCGCACGUCUACAACACGACCCUCUCCCGCUCCGAGUCGUCUCGGUCGUGUUGCUGUAUUGAUUAGAGGAACUCUUUAUUUCCUUAUCUUUAUAUUUAUGUUGUAAGUUUAUCGUAUCUCUACCGUCGCUCUAUGAUCUCAGUUAACGUUUAAUACUCGUAUGUUUAGUGGAGUGCCAUUUAGUUACUACUGUCGGAGCGCACACGUGUCUGUGUGUAGUGUUGGGAGCGAGUCCCGACCCUCGACCUCUACGUCCGCCUGUUUUGUUUUGCUCGUUACAGAGGAGACGGUCGCCUCGACCUUUCCUGUUUCGGUGCACUUUUUCUUAGCGUUAAGUAUAUCGUACAUAUGGAAUGUAUUUCAAUCAAUAAAGUGUCUCAAACUGA